AUGACGUCUUCUGUACCAUUCAAUCCUGAUGAUUUUGAGGAUAAUAAUCCAUUUGCUCAAGCAAACGAAACCAUUACUGAGCCAGCGUUGCUUGCCACUACAAAUGGAUCUCAGAAUAGAGAGUCACAGCCAGUUGAAGAAGAUAGAGGUGAUGAGAAUGAACAUAAAGAACUACUUCCAGAGGAAGAGUUGAAAAAAUUGCUCCCUGAGAGAUUUACGAACAAAUAUCAGAUGAGUAUACGAUUGACUGCUAUUGAAAAAAACAAGUUAGGUAACCCUAUAUUGAAAUUUGACGCGGCUGUUAAGGGACUUCCCAGAUUUCGACAAGCAAAAUAUAAAGACAUCCGUAGAACCUACAAUGAAGUGGUCAAGUUCAAUAAAUACUUGGCUAUUUCCAAUAUGGAGGUUUUUGUUCCUGUCAUACCUCUGGCGUCAACGUCUUAUCCUGGUUCAGGAGAUGAGGAGAUCAAAAAAUUGAUGAGUGAAUGGCAGGAGUGGUUCGAUAGGAUAACUUCCAACCCUAUUCUUAUAAGAGAUGAAGAGUUUGUCUUUUUUAUUGAAAAUGAUUUUGGUUACUCUAUUAUAAAUACAAACAGAAAAACAUCGAUAGCUAGCGGGUUGGUUCGAAAAACAUUAAAGCAGCUAGCACUUCCUUACGAUCAAUAUGAAGAAUUAGCUGAUUUCCGUCCUCUCAUUAAAUCAACCUAUUUGUCCUGUCAGAAAUUGCACAAAGCUUUAGAUAGGCUGUCAAAAGCCGAGAAGCAGUUGUCCAUCUAUAUAUUUGACUUAUCUAAUAAGUUGGACUGUCUUUCGCAAUUCGAAACCAUACACCCAGGUAUGAAGAAUAUGUGGGAGAAAUUAGGUAAAUUAACUCAGAUUCUUUCAGAUUUAACUCUCAUUGAAUGCGUUUAUGAUAUGGGAACCUUAGGUGAUGGGAUACAAAGCAUGAUAGAUGAUUUUUAUGAAAUAAAAGAAGCUUUAACAAAUAGAUACUUAAUAAUGAGAGAAUUGCUGCAAGCUGAAGCACAUACUCAAGCUAAACAUUCUCAGGCAGCUAAAAUCAAAAGCAAAGUUUCUUUAGAUCCUAUCAAAGUUGACGAGGCGAUCAGGUCUUUGGAAUAUGCAACCAAAGCAGAAGAAUCAUUGAACUUGCAAGUCAAGAGAAUAUCUGGUGAAAUGAUUUAUGAAAAGAAGGAGGUCUUAGAAUAUACGGAAAAAAAAUUCCAAAGAUUGCUAAAAGAUUACACUUUAAAUAAGGUUGAGCAUCAUAGGAAGAUUUUGAAGCAUCUCGAAAAUAUAAGGCUUGAUAUAAGAAUAGUUGAUGAGAAGGGUGGUUUGUCGAGACUAAAUAGGGACAAUCUUACGAAUUUGAAGCAUAAUCUUGCUCAAUCGCAGUCAGCAAGCGGAGAUUCCUGGACAUCUAGGACUUUUAGAUCUUUGAAUAACGAGAAGAAAAAGAAAAAUGAAGAACAAGAUAACGAUGACCCCGAUGCAGAAGAUGACUCGAAGGAGCACAAUACAACAGUAGAUGCCAAAAAUGCGGCACAUUUGUUAGGGGUUGCUACGUUUUAA